GUAACUCUGUUUGUCUAUUAUUUUCGUCAUCUCUGUUUCUCCAGUCAACAGUUUCUGAUACUGCUGGCAGGGAAUGAAUGACGAACCAUGGAAGAUGGCUUUGAGGAAAAGGCGAUUUCAAGACGUGCGGAUUAACAGUUUUGAUGAUGUUGGAGCCAGCGUCGAAGAGAUCGUGCUGUCCAACGGUUGUAUAAAUAUAUUAGUGCAAGAUCCAGUAUGUGGCCCUUCUGAUUAUACAGACCUUCCAGGAGCCAAGAACAACAGCGGUUCUACCUGGCGUGUUUUUUCAAAUUAUGGAAGAAGUCGACGUGGUGGCCUAAGAGCAUCAGGCUCACAGGUGCCUCUGACGCCAGAGGCACGCCAGCGGUUGUUGGAGAGGCGUCAGCAAAGAGCCGAGGACUCUCGUGUCCGGGUUGAGAAAAAAAGGUUGGCUCUUGAGAAAUAUCGGAUUCGACAACGCGAAGUGAAACGACAACGCGAAUUGCUCGAUCGCCUUCAGAUCGAGAACUCGCCCACCAAGCCUGGAGAUGGCUCUGAUUCUCCCACUGGCGUUAUCAUAUCUAGCCCUCACAGAAAGUUUAAGUUUCAGUCUUUCAGAGGAGGAAGGGGUAAAGGUAACUCUGUAAAGCGGUUGAGUUUAGAGGAUGCGUCCUCACCUCAUGGUGCAUCUGUGAAGAGCAAGUCCUCUCUGUCUUCUAGUGGCAGCAGUCACACGUCCAAGCAUGAGACACCCAACUGUUCCAAAAGUGCCAAACGCAUCUGCAUGGAUGCAGAUGUUUUGGGUCGUAUUGAUCAAGUUAUUGAAGAUGUAGCAAAAAAUUCGACUUCAUCAAGUGUGUCAGUAGCUGCGUGGGAGGAUGAAGGGUUGCAAGAAGACAAUGAAGGGUCGCAAGAGGAUGACUCUAGGACAAAAAUAGACCCUGCUGAGGACUCUGAGACUUUCGACCUGCAAGAGGACUCCUUCUCUGGGGAUGAAGUGGAAGUUUCUUCAUCGUCUUUUGAGUCUAAGAGAAAUAUAGUUGAUGCUUCUUCGUCUACAAAUAGCGAAUCCACCAAAUCUCUCAGAGGAAGUGGUGGAGCUGAGUCGUCACGCCCUGUGAUCGCUGAUGCUGAUAGCAGCACGCAAUCGUUAGAAAGACGAUCAAAACGACAAGUGAAACGGAUCAACUAUGCAGAGUUACUUGAGGAUGAUUAUGAAGACGAAUCUUCAUCACAGGCAAAAGGCAGUAAACCUAAGAAGUCUGAAUCUGUUUCUAUAUCUUCUGCAUCAAAGUUGGCUCAGAGUGAAAGUGGCACGGCAUCUGGUGAGUCUGUCAGUGAAGCUAAUGAGGUCAGCUCAUCUGUGUGUGAAGCCAACAAGCCAAUUCUCUUCAAUGACGAGGGUGGGAGUGUAGGACAAAAGAACCUCCCACUGAGUCAGGUAGGUGCUUGUGACCUGAACACUCACAACUUGGAGAGAUCCACGCCUGCAGCUCAGACUUCAGACCCAAGCCCGAAACCCUACCACGUGAAGAAUCUUUUUCCUUCAAAUCCUCAAAACAACAGUGAUUCUCAGCAGACACCACGUUUGUCUGGUCAUUUACAUCCGCACAUGUCUGUGCAGUUCUUGACUGGACAAACAGUGACCCCUUACCACCCUGGUGAUCAGUCAGAAAGUGCUCCCCCUAAUUUUUUGUUGAAUGUGGCAAGCACAAAAUGUGAUGGAGACAAGCUGUCUCCCAGGACACCGGACAAUUCUCGAGAGACUAGCCACCACAAAUCAGGACACUCUCCUCCUCCUGCUGCUUCUACAGCUUCCCUGCCCACGCCUGUCAACUGGACGGUGCAGAAAGAAAGAACUAGCAAUGGAAAGCUCAUUUUGCGGAAGAGUCCCUCCGGUACUUCAGCAGACCAGUUUGUAGUAUCCCUCGAAGCACCCCCUGUUAGUCACCACAGCUCAACUAAACUACCUCACAAUUUGAUUCCUUGUCCUCAGGGAAACUUCCCAUCUCCUUCACAUGAUCGACUUUCCUCAGGGAUGACAAGUGUCUCUGCAAGUCUGUCCCAGUGGGGGGACUCCUAUGGCCACUUGUCCUCCUCGCAUUACACAGCCAAGGAGGCUACUGUCCACUACCGAGCUGGUUUACCGCCGGAGGCCCAUCCACACUCGCAGGUUAAGCUGCCGAAGUGUGCCCUUCCUCCCCUUCAACCAGAAAGCCAAUUUUCUGUCCCCGACAGCAGAGCUCCUAUCAGUUCAUGCUUGGUUUCUGUUAGCAGGAGAGAUCAUUUAGGUCCCAUGUUGCCCCCAUCCCUCCCCUUGUCACAGUCACUCUCUUUACCACAGUCACAGCAGUCACAUAUCCAACUAGUGGCCUCUCCGAUGGCCCCUCAAACAGGGAAGAGUGUUAUGCAGACUGCAGGGCCUUUACCUAAAGGACACCCUAGAAUGGUUGGUUCAGAAUCAAACAUCUGGCAUCAGAUACACUCCAGAUUAAAAGUGCCUUAUGGUAGAGAACCCCAUCCUGGUAUCCCAUACCCUUUGACCUCUGGUGGAGUUCCAGUGCCUGUUCAGUCGCCAUGCCAGCCUUCUCCCCGAAUGCCUCAGACCCCACACAAUUCCUCUUAUUCUGACCCUCGCAGUCCACCCCCAGCUCACCAGAGCAAGCCAACAACAGGAGGAGUUUCUGAUCGCAAUUUUUACAACACAAUGUACAAGGCGAUGGGUUCACACCCUCUCGGUGCUACAGCUGGGCCUAAAGUGAUGCCAUCUGCCAUUCAAAGUACACAGGUACAGCUGUCAUCCGCAACACACAGAAAUUCCUCAUUAACUUCCUCUGGCAGCGGGAAUCAUCCCUAUGGUUACUUUCCCCAUGCUGCGUCUGCCUCUCAGCUGGUUGGGCCACGUGGACAUGAGGUUGUACCCAGCAGUAGGCAACAGACGGUCCUCAAAAAGGCAGCGGUGAAGGUAUCAGAAAGGCCAGGGCAGGGCGGCCAAAUGACCCACUCUGGCCACAGUUUGCACACCUCUCAAGUGUUCCCCACUGACAUCCCACAGAUACGCCCUGAUGCUCCUCAUAAUAAGGGCCCUCUUGCUCCUGCCCCAGAGCAUGCAAGAGAUAGGAAUGUCUUCACUGCACGAGGGAUGCCUCCAUUGAUUAAUAUGAUGGAUGUUAUAAAUACCUCCCAAAACAGUUGCUCUGUGCGGAAACCACCACCAAAGACAAAAGUAACCAAUGCAGCAUCUUCACAAAAUGUCCAUGCUGUUGAGCAUGACAGCCGUGCAGCUUCUGGCAGUCAAAUGUUGCACAAUUUGGCUAUGUCCUGGCCAGGGGUAGGAGUGCUGCUUGAUGUCGCUCAAAAUCCUCAUCCUCAACAUGUUGCUAUAGUACCCAAUCCUCCCCCACCUCUUGUUAGUAUAUCUCCCUACCAAAACCCGCAAACUGUUAGUGUAUCUGCCAGCUCAAACCCUCAAGCUGUUAGUGGCAGCCCCAUUUGGGCAGCAUUCUCCCUCCGGCCACCAUCGGCCAGUUUGCUAGUGGAUGCUCAGCCAGUCAACAGGAAUCAGAUGGCACAGCCAGUUUCUUCUGCCUCUUCUCCUCAGACACAAAUUCCACCGCAGACUUCUAAAGUGCCAGCUCCUGUGAAGAACAUUAAACAAGAGAGACAAGAAAUUGCAAACCAAGAAAGUGAUCAGCCUUCCAGUAUGCUUAUUCCUUUGCGAAUUCAUAUCAGCGAUCCAAGUGUGAGUGCUAAUUCUAAACCUGUUACUUCUGAUAGUUUGGAUAAUGAUAGGCUUGUCUCCACUUGCACUAGCCACCAGGCUUCUGUGGGAGUUGCCUCCAGACCAGACCAGUUACAUGCUGGCCACAGAACUUCAGAGACUUCUGUGACCAAAUCAGGAAGUGUGCUUCAUGGGAUUGAAGAGUCUGUGUCCCACUGUACUGAUGAAGCUGUUGACAGCAAGGCACGUCUGUUUCAACUACGGGAACGUCCUACAGAUGUAAGUUCAAACUCGCAACCAGUGUCCAAGUGUGUAUCGAGACAAAGUGCAUCGGAAUCUUAUAUGUGCUCAGCUGCAUCUGCUACUGUUACUGUCUCUACAUCUAGUCAAUCUACUUCAACUGGAGCAGUUACAAAAACAGUACCUUCAGGCAACAAGACAGUAGUGACAUCACACGUUACAACACCUGGCAGUGACAUGACCGCAGUUACAUCACAUGUGAUAUCACCCUUUGGCAAUGAUAUGAGCAGCGUCGAGCGACGACACACAUCUGAUAGAUUGAAGGAGGCUGCUGACAGCAAGUAUCACUUAUCUCGUCUGUUAUCGCAACAGAGAGCAGCAAACCAAAGUUCAAACCCUCCCUCAACUCAGGAGUCCGUAUCAACACAACGCUCGUCUCAGGCUGUUGCUAGCUCUGCAAUACCCACGACGAUAGCAGCUUCAGUCACAGCUGCAGCAACAUCCUCUUCCGGCCCUUCUCCAUCACCUCAAGCAGUGACAAGAGUGACGAUGUCUCUGAACCAAUCAUAUGUGGCUCGUUCAUCUUUGUCUACCAGAACACUAGCCAUGCCUGGUAGUGACCUGGGAGAGACUUCUGACAGCAAGGCUCACCUGGCACAGCUGUUGUCGCUGUCUAAAAGCUCAGACCAACAUGGGACACCAUCGGAGCGUCUGUCUAAUCACGGAGUAACAGGAUCUGUCUUGAGUCAGGUCUCUGUGGUGACUGUAGCCUCCUGCUCUGUCUCAACAGUUUCUGAAUCGGCAACCCGUUCGGAUUUGCUGGGAUCAAACUUGGUGACAGCUGUUAUGACCCAAUCAGUCCCAUUAGUUUCUGAAUCAGUAGCCACCUCAGUAUCAACAGGGUCGAAUUCUGUGACCACUGUCAUGGCUCGGUCCGUCCCAAAAAUGACAGAAUCAGUCCUCGGCUUGGCAUCCACUGUAGCAGCCCCUUCCACAUCCCUAGGAGACCCAGCCUCCGGUCUUUCUUCAUCAACUAAACUUUCCUCCGUGCCUCUGUCUCCAACCAGAAGUUCACAGUCUGCCUUCCGGCAUGUGACUCUGUCAAGGAAUGAACGGUGUCCAAACGAGACCAGCGCUCAUGAGACUCCAUCUAGCACAGAAAGUUGUACUGACGAGACUGCCGCCCAAAUAUUGCUGUCUAUUUCCACCAGCACCUUUGCUGAGACUACUUCUCUUCCAGGAAUUGUCCACUCUGAUAAUAGUACACGACUGACCACAUACAAAUCUGGGUCGAGCUGCGGUUCUGGAGCCGGCGCUCAGCCUCUUCCAGGGGCAGUGCCCUUGACCUUUCCAGCUUCACAAAAAGGAAUGGAGGUGGCUGGCUCUGCAUCUUCAGUUGUCACAAAUAAGGUUUUGUCCAGUUCGUCCAGUCAGCUUUCGUCUCUUAAUUUGCCGCCCGCCGGGCCUCGGUCUGGAGAAACAUGUACUCAAGCUCAGGUAGCAAUAGUGGUUGAACCUCCUCCCCCUGCAGCGCAGUACACUGCACCCCGGGCCCCUGUGAAGGCUUCUCCCACCCUAAGAAAGUUAUGGACUCCACUGGAAGACUCAAUAUUUGCCUGGCACACUUCAGACUCAGCCCCUGAUAGGUCUGAGAGGUUGCCUGCCGGGCACGUGACGGUCAACUGUCCUGAUGAUCUAUGUCUGCCCACUACUGGUGUCUACACUGUGUCGGUCACUGUGGCUGAUGGAUGUGGUCAAGGCUUGGCAGUGACCACCUGUGGACAAGAUCAGUCUGAAGAGCUGUGCAUCAAGCAAGAGCCACAGACUCCUGUGAGGACCCUCAACAGGAGGGAGGUCAUUGAUCUUGUGGACUCCGACACUGACCAUGAGGAAGAUUUACCUCCAGGUCAAGACGAGGUUAGGGACUCUCUGGCUUCUGGCAUCUCAGAUAUGGCUAUGGAUAAAGUGUUGGGUGGUGUGGAGGAGUCUCAAGCAGGAAGUGAGGGGGUAUUCCAUGAGCGAGAGUCACCUGCAGUAUCAGAUGUGGAGGUUGUCGCCGUGAAAGAGGAAGCGGUGGUACCUGCGCAGCCAUUUGUUCCUGAUGAAGUAAUUGAGAUAGACAACUCAGAUUCUGAUGAUGACCAGAGUGACCUUCAUAUUAAGGAAAAGGACGGCUCUAUAGAUAGAUCUAGUCUCCAAGGUUUUUCUCAAAGAGUUUGUGUGGUAGAGGAUUUGUCCGAAGCUGAACAUCUUGUCAGAGAUACCAGUGUUUACAGCUGUGAUGCUCUUCCUAUCCAACAGCCUUCUGAACAUUCAGCAGUUAAAGAUGUUUCUCCUGCUCAGGAACUCUCAGACUCUCCGAGACACACAGCUGGUAGUUCUGUAUCUGUUGAAAAGCACUCUGAAGUUCAACGAAACAUGUCUGAGGAAAUCCCUUCUGAAGGUGUGUCUGAACGGCAACCAGAGAGGCCAAUGUUGGACUCUGUAAGUACAGCUGUCAUAGCCAAAAAGGAGCAUCAUCUCUCAGACAGCUCUGAAGGGCCUGUAUCUCACUCCAGCUCUCAGCCAAGCUGCAUGCUGCCCAACCAUGUGGGUGGACCUCUGAACCUGACAGAGAGACAGCUGGAGUACAUUCAGAAUCGUCUAGCUCGGGUCAGUCAGGACGUGGCAGCUAUCACAGCCGGCGGUCAGCCUCUCACGAACUCUCCGUCCAGUCGAAGGUUGUCUACUUCCUCCACCGGUGGACUGAGCUCACCUUUGUCGAUAGACAAUGCUGCAACUUCGUUGGGUCUGUCCCGAAAAAGUGGCGCCAACUCGUUAGCAGCACUGAAAAAUGUAAAGAGGGAAAGAGAUGAAGAGGAUGACAGUAUUUACAUUUCUGAAGAGGAUGAUGUGGAGGAGGAGGAGGAUGAGGAAGCUAACCAAUCCCUCUCUGGGGCUUCAUUGUCUGGGUCAGGGACUAGCACCAUGGAGAGCAAUGUCCAGAAGUUACUGCUCGCCCUGGGCUCCUGGAGUCCAGCGGAUGUCCGGGAAUGGCUGAAGAAGAACAAGCUGGACUGUGUAUGUCCAAAACUGAGCAGUUUGGAUGGCAAUGGGCUACAGAGAAUCGCCUUUGAACAUUUUCGUGACCCAGACAGGUUCUACACCAGGAUCAAGAAGUCCUUGGGGCUGACAGUGUUCCAGAGUCUUGUGGUCAUCAGGGGUUUGAAAUCUCUGCUGGAGGACCAGAGCUAAGCUCGGCGUUUGCUGUGGAGUCGGGUCAGUUGGGUUCUGUUUGUCAAAAUCAAAUCAGAUUGAUCUUGGGGUCAAUUCAGGCACAUGCAUAUUGGGGUGACGGACUGAUGGAGGUAGUUUGUUACUCUAGCUGAUAGAUCUGUGAAGGCCAAAUGUGAGGCGGGGUGUUGCAACCAGGUGCUUGUCAAAAUAAUGAAUUUGAAGAAACUGGCAUUUUCUGGCCGGUUUGGCAAUUGUUAUCGAAAUUUUGUUUUUUUGACUGAACACCUUUUAUGUUUAUUUAAUGUGCCGGUGAAAAUUUUCCGUUCUGGUCGCCUGGUGCAGUUCUGGGCCAGGCCCGAUAAGUCCGUGGCAAUGGAUCUCCUGGAUGGGUGACCAGAUGGUGUAAUUUGUACUGCUGGCUGUGUGACUGCAAAGUGUUAAGAACUCAUUUCUGUGAGGAUUUUACUUAAAUUAAAGGCACAAAAAUUGUAACUUGUCUGUGUCCACAGAUUCUCAGGCUAUGUAAAUAACCAAACUUUGGCGGCAUUUUCUCUCUAAUUUUACCUCUGAAACCAGGCGACCCCCACCUCC